CAGAAGAGGGGAGGGAGGAGGGUCGGCUGGGAUCUGGGAGGGAGACCGGGGCCUCGGGUUUCAGCCCAGGCCCGCGGAGCCAGACAGGGUCGGAGUGGCGUGAACUGCCUCUCUCCAGCUCUACCACGCUAGUUACGAGUCCGACUAAUUAACUAGCUUCCGUCAUUCAUCAACACGCGUUUAUUGGGCAUCUCGCGAGCGCCGUGCCACGUGCAGCCACCGGGGCGGGGCCGUGGUCCCGGGCUUGCGAGAAUGCGGGGGCGGGGGCGGGGGUGUGAGCCACCCUGGGAUGGGUCGGUUGGGGCCGAACCGGCGCGUUAUUGGAAUAUUGAGGACCUUUUUCACAGACGUGGACGCUUAGACUUGGAGUGGAGGAUACCCCCACGGCCAUUUCGGCAACACUGCGGAGUCUUGGCCCUCGUAGGGAUGCACCCUGACGAGGUAGAGGAGUGACGUUCGGACAGAGAAGAGAGGACACACUUCGGCGCCUGGGGCAAGGAGCUCAGGGGCAGGGCAGGGCCAGGCGUGAUCCAACCCACCGUUCGGGGCGUGCCCGUGCGCCGCUACUACGUCCGGGCCCGCCGAGCGUGAUUCGGCACGCGCGGAUCGCGCCCCAGGGCGGAACUAGGGAGUGUGGACUGACGGCACGGUCGGACCGUAUCGCACAGCGGGACCGACGGCCGAGGUGCGCGCAGUGAAGCAGCCGGUUGGCUGCCAUAGAAGCUAUGGCUGCUCAGGUGCUGGGAGCUACCGCGCGCGCUCUGUGCUCGCGGUGCUGGCGACUGGGAACUUGGCAGACACAGAUUAGAGACACCCACCAGCGAGCCUCAUUGUUGUCCUUCUGGGAACUCAUUCCCAUGAGAGCAGAACCUCUGCGGAAGAAGAAGAAGGUAGAUCCUAAAAAAGACCAAGCUGUGAGAGACCUGAAAAAGAGGAUCCGACGACUAGAAAAGGCUAGCCAGGAGCUAAUUCCCAUUGGAUUUAUUACGCCUGUGAGGUUCUUGGAUAAAGUGAGACAGCGGCCUCAGGUAGAGCUCUCCUUUGAGGAGGCUGAGCGGAGAGCUCUGCUUCUGAAGAAAUGGUCCCUGUACAAGCAGCAAGAGCAUGAAAUGGAGAGGGAAGCCAUCAAGUCCAUGCUUGAGGCCCAGCAGGAAGCUCUGCAAGAGCUGAAACUCAUGUCCCAGGAGCUGCAUGAGGAGGCCAUCAAGCGGGACCCUAGUCUGUUCCCCUUUGAGAGAGAAGGGCCAACUUACACACCACCAAUCUCCAACUACCAGCCCCCUGAAGGCAGGUACCACGACAUCACCAAGGUAUAUACACAAGUGGAAUUCAAGAGGUAGAGCUGGAGGCAGCCGUCUGAACACUGUGCCCUUCAGAACCAGAAUGACCAGGGCUCAAGUCCACUUGUCACAGUAUGAGGCAUGCUGAGAAUAAAUGUAAAUGUAA